CUAGUAUUAUGGCGCCCCCUUCUGAAAACAACUGCUCUACUUCAGCUUCAUUUUAUGAUUCGAUUGGACUACACUUGGAUACAGAUAUUAGGUGAGCAUAAACUUUUUAGUUUUCAUGUGAUUUGAUUGUGAUAUGAAAUGUUUUUGCUCAAAUGGCAAAGACAUCUGAAAAGACUGUUUAAAGACACUUUGUAGUUAAUCUACUUCAUGAUAUUUUUCCCAUUUCCAUAAAGGCAUAUUAUUUUACACCCAAAAGUGUGUAUGUACAGUAUGUUUUUUUUUUUAUUCUACUACUUACUUAGUACCUACUUAGGUACUUACUAUAAGUGCUUGAAUUGCCAAUGUUCAGACAAUAAAAUUAAUGUUUCUCAUAACCCUGCUCCUGGCAACACAAUGUGAUCUGCUCGUCCCCUUUUUGCUUUGAUUUUAUCAGGGCUCCGGUAAUCAGGUGAAUUGAAUUAUGACAAAUCUUUGCCAAAGCCGUGAGUCGUGAGGCUUGAUUUACAGUACGUGGUGGCAUUAGCUGUGUGUAGAAGAUUAGGCAGCGCACAGAGCUUAGUUGAAGUGUUAUUUACUGCUCUCUGCUUCCUCACUCUGCAGUCAGGGAAGUCAGCUCCACUGGGACAACUUCUAAUGGCUAUGACUUUGCAAGAAUGAUGAUGUGUGGUAUGAAGUUGCUGGUCGGUUUCCAGAUCCGUUUGCAGAUUCUUCUCAGGAAUUGACGACAUCAAAAGAUGGACACCAUGAACUUUUAUCCACUGCUGCUGUUGUCAUUGCUUGGGUCCUUCCAGAGAGGAAUUUCUCAGUGGCCUGGAUGGAUUGGAGAGGUGGAAGGUAGUGGUAAGAUCUCCUAUGAUACCAGUAUAAUGUUAUUUUUGGGACAGGGCUCAUUGCAUUGUGGGAACAGUUCUUCUGGAUCCCGAGAUAACAAUAACGUCUCCAACAAUAACAUCUUUCUUAAUGUUGAAUUUGCAGUUUGAAGAGCAUUUCCAGUUUGGGGUCUGCAACUUUGUUUUUGCUGUAGGUGAAACAGAAUGGAUUCCCGAGCCGGAUUACAUAGAUGACACAUAUUGGUCUGGGUCAGCACCCCUUUGUUUUGGAGGCUGUAUGGCGCUUCACCAGGAGGUGAGGACAGAUCGCUGUGGGGACUCGAGCUGCUGCUGGCUCGGCUACAAGUCCCUGUGCAGAGUGAACUGUGGGAGACCAGAUGUGGACUACAAUGGCGUAGUGUACGGUAACGACUGGUGGGUGGGCUCUGUGGUGAGGUAUGCCUGUCGCUCUGGCUUCAUGCUGGUGGGAAAUCCUACCAGAUAUUGCCAGCCUAAUGGUCUGUGGACGCCAAAACCAACCUGCCUCCGAAUGUGUCAGAGGGGACGCAUUGAAAUAAGUGAAAGGGAACUAAAUGGGACGUGCAACUCCACCUGCGCAUAUAAGAGCUACUUUGGCCCGCCCAAACAAGGCUGCACCCGGAUAGACAACUGCAAGAAGAAGGAGACGGGCUGGAAGCGGUUCUUUACGCAGUGUGUCCCUUGCGUUUGUGACUGCGCUUUAUCAUGUGCAACAGUUGGCUGAAACAUGGAGAAGACAUUACAUUGACUGUACAGUGAGAUAGAUGAAGAGGACAUACACAGACAGCUUGUACACCGCAGAGCCACACUAUGUUUUUGCUGCUUCAUCCAGUUGUGUGGAGAAAUCAGUGCACCAAAAUCUUUAAUCUCUCUAGUACACUGAAGCCAACUACUGUAUAAAGGAUUUUACACUAUGACAAGAACAUUUCAGAUCCCUCUGAGCCGGUGGUGAAUUAUAAGCAAAGCAGAACUCCUAAAUUAAUCCGUGUGAUGUAGAGUGGUGAAAGGGUCAGAAAAGAAACGUGAGGUGAAUUUUACUUAUUUAAAACAGCUGUUGGGUCAAAUAAUUAUUUGAAAUAUAAAAUAAAAAAAAUUACCUGAAGUGCCAAGUGGUGAGUUCUGUUUUUAAUAAGAAUCUCAUUUUGAGAAAGCAAUAAUUGUUGUUCACAGGACAGGAUUUGGUAGCUCAGACAGCAUUCUCUGAUCGGCUGAAAUAUUGUUAUACCUGUAUAUAUUAUAACUCAUGUCACAAAUUCCACCACCUGGGAAUACUGAACAUACCUUAUUUAACAUGUGUCCCUGAACAUUCUUGUGUUGUCUAAGAGAAAGGGAGAAAUAAAGGUAAAGACAAGGAGAGAGGUCGGUGAAACCACAGAGAUUAACAUCUCAUCGCUCCUCCUCUCAGUCCAUCUGUCCUGGAAGGAGCUGAAACUUUAAUCUUGUUGCAAAGGAGGAGCUUUGGUCAGGAAGCUGAGGGGUCAGCGUAAACACAGAGUGUUGUGGACCUUUAUAAGCAAACUGUUUUUAUAGGUAGUAUACUAUGUACAUGUUUCAAUAUUUAUUGUGGAAAAAUGGCACAAAAAAUCAUUUUUGUUGUAAAAUAAAAUCUUUAUUUUUAUAUAGAUGGACUGUGUAAAUGUGACAUGAUGUGUGGUGCAUUUGAAAGGAAUAAAAAGAACAGAAAAAAUAA